AGAGAGAACAUCUGGGGACCUUUUUUAAUAAUAUCACCUGCCUCUACUCUUAACAACUGGCACCAGGAGUUUGCCAGAUUUGUACCUAAAUUUAAGGUGCUACCUUAUUGGGGAAAUCCCCAUGACAGAAAGGUGAUCAGGAAGUUCUGGAGUCAGAAGACACUGUAUACUCAGGAUGCGCCUUUCCAUGUGGUGAUUACCAGUUACCAGCUAGUAGUACAGGAUGUGAAGUAUUUCCAGCGAGUGAAGUGGCAAUAUAUGGUGCUGGAUGAAGCACAAGCACUCAAGAGCAGCUCCAGUGUUCGUUGGAAGAUCCUACUGCAGUUCCAGUGUAGAAACAGAUUGUUGUUGACUGGGACCCCAAUCCAGAACACGAUGGCUGAGCUGUGGGCCCUGCUGCAUUUUAUCAUGCCAACACUGUUUGAUUCCCAUGAAGAGUUCAAUGAGUGGUUUUCUAAGGACAUAGAGAGCCAUGCAGAGAACAAAUCCGCCAUUGAUGAGAACCAGCUAUCCCGCUUGCACAUGAUCCUGAAGCCUUUCAUGUUGAGAAGAAUCAAGAAGGAUGUGGAAAAUGAGCUGUCAGAUAAGAUUGAAAUUCUCAUGUACUGCCAGCAGACAAGUCGACAGAAGCUGUUGUACCAAGCUCUGAAAAACAAAAUCUCUAUUGAUGACCUCCUGCAGUCCUCGAUGGGCACUACUCAGCAAGCACAGACCACCACUAGUAGUCUUAUGAAUCUAGUCAUGCAGUUCAGGAAGGUGUGCAAUCACCCAGAGCUGUUUGAGCGACAAGAAACUUGGUCUCCAUUUCACAUCUCCCUAAAGCCAUACCAGAUUUCAAAGUUCAUCUACCGUCAUGGACAGAUCAGGGUCUUUAACCACUCACGGGACAGGUGGUUACGGGUUUUACUUUCACCGUUUGCACCAGACCACAUCCAGCAGUCUCUCUUCCAUAGGAAGGGCAUCAGUGAAGAAAGCUGUUUCUCUUUCCUCCGGUUUAUUGAUGUCUCUCCAGCGGAAAUGGCAAACCUCAUGAAUCAGGGACAUUUAGCCAGAUGGUUAGCUCUUUUCCUGUCUCUGAAAGCAUCCUACAGGCUCCAUCACAUGCGCUCCUGGAUGGAGAGCGAAGGGGAGAAACAGCAGGGGUCACGUUUUCUGAGGAACAGGGAUUUCUUGCUUGAUGUAAAUUUCCCGCUUCUUUACAGCUGCACUUUGCUGCAGAACCUUGUGUUCAGUAGCCACUGUAAAGCAGUUACUGGCUAUUCAGAUCAUGUCAUACAUCGAAGGAGAUCAGCUACCUCAUGUGUCCGGUGCUGCCAGGUGACUGAGCUGCCAUCCUUCCUGUGCAUAGCCAGUCCACGGGUAACAGCUGUGCCGCUGGAGUUCUACUGCAAUGACCGAAGUGCAGAAUAUGAGCGCAGGGCACUAAAAGAAGGAGGAAGUCUCGAAGCCAAGCAGUGUGUGCUCCAUGGAGCCCCGGAGCUGGCAGCCGACUGGCUGAAGCAGUCCUCCCGGUUCUUCCCAGAGUACCCAGGAGGGCUCUUAGGGAUCAGGCCUCAGAACGGCUGGUCUUUUAUCAGAAUACCAGACAAAGAGAGUCUGAUCACUGACAGUGGAAAACUUCAUGCUCUUGAUCUUCUGUUGACACGGCUGAAAUCUCAAGGACACAGAGUUCUCAUCUACUCCCAGAUGACGCGGAUGAUUGACUUACUGGAGGAAUACAUGGUUUAUAGGAAACAUACCUACAUGAGAUUGGAUGGUUCUUCAAAGAUUUCUGAACGAAGGGACAUGGUAGCCGAUUUUCAGAACAGGAAUGAUAUUUUUGUGUUCCUGCUAAGCACAAGAGCUGGGGGCUUGGGCAUUAACCUUACAGCUGCGGAUACGGUAAUUUUCUAUGACAGUGAUUGGAACCCAACAGUAGACCAGCAAGCCAUGGACCGGGCACACAGACUGGGUCAAACAAAACAAGUCACUGUGUACCGGUUGAUAUGUAAAGGCACCAUUGAGGAGCGCAUCUUACAAAGGGCUAAGGAAAAGAGUGAGAUCCAAAGAAUGGUGAUUUCAGGUGGCAAUUUCAAACCUGACACCUUGAAGCCAAAAGAGGUGGUCAGCCUUCUGCUGGAUGAUGAGGAACUAGAAAAGAAAUUGCGUCAGCGUCAAGAAGAGAAGCGACAGCAAGAAGAAACAAAUCGUGUGAAGGAACGUAAACGUAAAAGGGAAAAAUAUGCUGAAAAGAAGAAGAAGGAAGAUGAAUUGGAUGGGAAGAGAAAGAAAGAGGGCAUGAACCUUGUGAUCCCGUUUGUUCCCUCAGCUGAUAACUCCAACCUCUCUGCUGAUGGGGAUGACUCCUUCAUUAGUGUGGACUCUGCCAUGCCCAGCCCUUUCAGUGAGAUAUCCAUCAGCAGUGAAUUACAUAUGGGCUCUAUCCCUCCCGAUGAGAGCAGCAGUGAUAUGCUUGUGAUUGUGGACGAUCCAGCUUCUUCAGCACCACAGUCAAGGGCAACAAACUCUCCUGCUUCCAUUACCGGCUCAGUUUCAGAUACCAUAAAUGGUGUUUCAAUGCAAGAUACACCUCUCACUGGGAGAGGCCAGUCAGGUCGAAGCCGGGGUCGUCCUAAAGGUUCGGGCAGUGGAUCAAAAGGCGGCACUGGGAAAGGCAGAAGCAGGAAAUCGAUAGCAGGAAGUGCAGCUGCAAUGGCAGGGGGCCAAGCAGGAGCGGCAUACGCAGCAUACGGGUACAAUGUCUCUAAAGGCAUGUCUGCAAGUAGUCCUCUACAAACAGCAAUUAUUCGGCCUUCUGGACUUGCAGAUUUUGGACCUUCGAGCGCCUCUUCUCCCUUGAGCUCCCCUUUGAGCAAAGGAAACAGUGUUUGUGGGACCCCCAAAAGCUUAAACCUGACCAGCAGUCUCAUAUCAGAAACUCCAGUUCGGAAGCAAAGCAAAGGUGCCCACACCUCAGGUGGUCGGUAGUGAUUUUGAACCCCCAAAGCUUUUCUGAACUGUGUUGGCUUUCAGAGUAGACCACCCUGCCAGCCGAAGGCAUACAAACGAAUGCCUUGUUGCUGUCCAGCACGUGUGUGAAAAGAAAAUCAAAGCACAAUGGGAGUGGGUGGUUUAUGUGAGCACUUUGAUUAUGUGUAUUCCAAAAAACUAUCUUUGCAGACACUGCGAGGAGGAGGGAAGGGAGUCUGGGGUAAGUGGGAGAGUGUCAGCUUCUGUUUUAUUGAUGCAUCUGACAGAGAUUCCCAAGAAAGCAUCCAGCUGCUCCAUGCAAUAUCCUGCAGCUGUGUGUGCUUGAAGUCACACCAGUAUACUUUCUCUCUUGUAGCUUGAGGUGGAACCCAGCAUUAGUUUUAUCCUGUGAAAUCAUUAUCUGAACCCCAGGAGUAUCCUUUAAAGUCAGAAGACAUUUCCAUACUGGCAGCUGGUUAGAGUACUUGUGGGGGUAAUUGGGGGCUAAGCUGAAGAUGUUAUGUGAUCAGAAUAAUCUCGGGUUCCUCUAGUGCAGGCCUCUGGGUUCUUCAAAGGUUUGAAAUGCAAGGGAAGGUGUCUCAGGUGGUUUCCAGGGAAGGGACUCUUUUCAGCACCAUCUGUCAGGAGCAGGUUCAGAGUCACAGAAUAGAGAGCAGGCUGGCAGGCCAGUGAGAGCAGCAGCACUGCCGCUGUUUCAUGCAGUGGAAGAAACCGCGGGCCAGCAGUUUGGUGUGCAUUUCAGAGUUGUCAUCAGCACAAAUGCUGGCUGUGUUCAGAAUGAUUUCUCUCACUUUUGAGGUGUGCAGAACUCUUAAAAGCAUAGAAACAAAAUAAGGCUCUAUUUGUACAAAUCUGAAGAAGAGGGAAAGCAGAGAGUUUGCUGCUGCUCCCCUCACUGUGCUGGAGCAGAGUGUGGUUCUGCAGCUCGCAGUGCUGCGAGGGGAGUAACAGAAAACAGUCCUGAGAAAGAGAGAAAACUGUGCCAUUCCCCCUUCCAGCCAAAUCCUCGGUCAAAAAUGGUCUUGUAUCCCAGCCAUCCAUUGCCUGUUCUUCCCAGGUGUUUCCCCUUCAUCCUGAUCAUUACCCAUGCUAGCUUGGUUGAGUUCACUGCGCUGUUGCGGGUACCAGCAGCCGUGUCCCAGGGGCAGCGCUGCCAGUGCCCAUCUGUGUUCCCAUUCUCUGGUUGCUCCUUCCCCGUUCUCAAUGCACACCCGCCCCCGUAGCCCCUUGCUUUGCUGUAAGCGUUGUCUGCAUUGCACUGAGAUGUAGGUGUGGGGCAGUUCUUCUGUCUGACACGCUGAAUGAAAAGGCUGUUCUGCCAGGGCACUUUCAUCCCUUGAGAGAGAAGCAAGUUGAGUUGCAGGUCUGGGCUGUGACAGCGGAAGAUGACUUUUUUUAUUAUUAUAAUUUUUUUUCCAACCCCAAAUCCUUUGCCUGGCGUCCUACAGUGUGGAGCGAGUGCUUCCUGUUGGCUCUGCCUCUAAUUUGCACACCUGAAAAUAGCAGAACUGAGCUUAGUUAGAUUGAUUUUUAAACAGAUUUGCAGGGGAUAAUUGAGGGGGAGGUGGUGUUUAAUUAACUCGUGAAGACCUCCCCCUUCCCCUUCUAUUCACAUGUAUAUAUGAUAUUUAGAGGGAAUCAGACAAAUGCCAAGCCUUUUUUUCUCUUUGAAUGUGCUGUCUAUUUUUAUAACUGAACUUGUACAUAUGUAUAAAGAGAGACACAUCUUUCUUUUACUAACUGGAGAAGAAAAUCUUAAAUAAAAUGGAGUGAGAUAAUUUUAUGUAAA